AUGAAGAAGAAAGAAGAAGAAGAAGAAAAGAAGAAGAAGAAGAAGAACGGAGAGAGAAGAGAGCCGGGAACUAUGGCUCCCUAUAGACCUGGGGUUCAGAUGUCUCCUGGACUAUAGAACCAAUGUCUCCCUAUAGACCCUGGGGCUACAGAUGUCUCCCUCCCUGACUAUAGAACCAUGUCCCCCCUAUUAGACCUGGGGCUCUCAGAUGUUCUCCUCGACUAUAGAACCAUGGUUCUCCCUAUAGACCCUGGGGCUAUCAGAUGUCUCCUGGACUGAUAGAACCAUGUCUCCCUAUAGACCCUGGGGCUCUCAGAUGUCUCCUGGACUAUAGAAACCAUGUCUCCCUAUAGACCUGGGGCUCUCAGAUGUCUCCUGACUAUAGAACCAUGUCUCCCUAUAGACCUGGGGCUCUCAGAUGUCUCUGACUAUAGAACUGUCUCCCUAUAGACCUGGGGCUCUCAGAUGUCUCCUGACUAUAGAACCAUGUCUCCCUAUAGACCUGGGGCUCUCAGAUGUCUCCUGACUAUAGAACCAUGUCUCCCUAUAGACCUGGGGCUCUCAGAUGUCUCCUGACUAUAGAACCAUGUCUCCCUAUAGACCUGGGGCUAUCAAAAUGUUCCUCCUACUAUAAGAACCAUUUCUCCCUAUAGACCUGGGGCUAUCAGUUUCCUGACUAUAGAACCCCCAAUGUCUCCCCUAUAGACCUGGGGCUCUCAGAUGUCUCCUGACUAUAGAACCAUGUCUCCCUAUAGACCUGGGGCUAUCAGAUGUCUCCUGACUAUAGAACCAUGUCUCCCUAUAGACCUGGGGCUCUCAGAUGUCUCCUGACUAUAGAACCAUGUCUCCCUAUAGACCUGGGGCUCUCAGAUGUCUCCUGACUAUAGAACCAGUUCUCCCUAUAGACCCUGGGGCUCUCAGAUGUCUCCUGACUAUAGAACCGUUGUCUCCUAUAGACCUGGGGCUCUCAGAUGUCUCCUGACUAUAGAACCAUGUCUCCCUAUAGACCUGGGGAUCUAUAGACCUGAGGACCAGAGUUGGGAAACAGAGUUGGGAAUGGAAAUCCACAACGUGUCCACAAGGAUUCUUUGAUGAUUGGAGUGCGAUUCAAGGAAAACGUUUUUUUUUUUAUUUUUUCUGAUCUGUUUGAGGUAUCUGGGUGGGUGGAGAGUAAGCUAGGGAAUAUGCAGUCAGUCAAGGUAGCGAGAAGUGGAUUCAUGAUGAUACGGUGUACAUCAAGCCUGACGACUAACCAGGAGAGUCUGGCCAUGAUGCUGUGCUUUGAGUUGGAGCUUCUCCCUGAUAGGGUGAUGUUAGGAUCCAGUAUAUGUAUGUUCUUGUCUUAAGAUUGUUUACACUGGAUUAUCUUCUCCUCUUUCCUCAUUUCAGGAACUCCAAGAUUCAACACUGUCUUCCCAAAACAGUGGAUCUCACAGCCAAUAUAUCAGCCCACCACUCAAAGAUUCAGGAAUGACCUGAUGGAGCAAGUCCUGCAGAGAUGCAUGGACAAAUACUGGGAGACCCACAUUUAUAUUUUAGCAGAUGCUCUUAUCCAGAGUGACUUACAGGAGCAAUUAGGGUUAAGUGCCUUGCUCAAGGGCACAUCGACGUAUUUUUCAACUUGUCGGCUCGGGGAUUCAAACCAGCGACCUUUUGGUUACUGGCACAACAUGCUUAACCGCCAGGCUACCUACCACCCAAAUCCUGUGGAAGAGGCCAUUGUCUGGCUGCCAACAUAGCCCCAUCUUAAAACCCAGCAAGGAGGAGGAAAUUAUUAUUUUAUUGGGAUCCCCAUUAGCUUUUUCAGAAUCAGCAGCUACUCUUCCUGGGGUCCACAAAAAAACACAAAACACGACAAGUAACAAAACACCUGAUACACAAUUGCAGCACACACAUCAAGAUAACUGCAGUACACAUAUCAAGAUUCAAGGAAAACUUGGGCGGCUAUUCUGACACCCACAACGAGCGUGACAGUUAGUCACAUGUCCGUGGAACUUGUUCAGUUUAUGUCUCAGUUAUUGAAUCUUGUUAUUGUUCAUACAAAUAUUUUUACACGUGUUAAGUUUGCUGAAGAUAAACGCAGUUGACAGUGAGAGGACGUUUCUUUUAUUUUUUUUGCUGAGUUUACCUAAUAAAAACACACUAAUGUAACAUCAUCUGUUAGCCUCUGGUCAUUAUAACUGUGCAUCUGUAUCAUUUUAUAUAAAUACACUGUAGGCUACUACUAUACACAACAGCACCACCGUACCUACUUGGUUCUGUCUGUUGUAUAUUGGACCUUGUAUUGAUGUGAGUUGUGUGAAUGUCUUGUCUAUACUGUCUAUGGUAUAUUUAAGCAAUAAGGCCUGAGGGGGUGUGGUAUAUGGCCAUUAUACCACGGCUAAGGGCUGUUCUUAAGCACGACGCAACGCAGAGUGCCUGGACACAGCCCUUAGCCGUGAUAUAUUGGCCAAUAUACCACAAACCCCAGAGGUACCUUAUUGCUAUUAUGAACUGGUUACCAACGUAAUUAGAGCUGUAAAAAUAAAUGUUUUGUCAUCCCCGUGGUAUACAGUCUCUGUCACGCCCUGGCUCUGGGGACUCUUAAAUGUUGAGCCAGGGUGUGGAUUUUCUAUGUUUAGUUUUCUAUGUUUGUGUUCUAGAUCGUUUAGAUCUAUGUUGGCCAGGGUGGUUCCCAAUCAGAGGCAGCUGUAGCUCGUUGUCUCUGAUUGGGGACCAUACUUAGGCAGCCUGUUUGGCACUAGUAUUUUGUGGGAUCUUGUUCCGUAAGGUUUGUUUUGUAUUAACCUAGGACUUCACGUAUCGUUUGGUUUGUUGUUUUGUUCGUGUUGUGUACGAAAUAAAAUGUACGCUUAUCACGCUGCGCCUUGGUCCGUGUCUUCAGUCGACGGCCGUGACAGUCUCAUAUACCAUGGCUUUCAGCCAAUCAGCAUUCAGGGCUCGAAUCACCCAGUUUAUAAUUGACCUUGUAUUGAUGUGAGUUGUGUGAAUGUCUCGUCUAUACUGUCUAUGGUACAUUAUGUGCAGUGAUCUGUCUUGUGUUGUGAUAAAUAAAUAAUUGUAUUUGCCGGAUUGUCAUGUCAUUACAAAGGUCUACACUAUUGACCUUUAGUUUUCAGAUGUCACUGAUCCAUUGAUCUGACUGCUUUAUACUAUACACUACACGAUCAUGUGGCAAACUGCAAUGGAUCAGUUACAGUAGAUAGUAACACAGUAGAUGGUGCUGGUUCAAACAGCAUUUAUUACAGUGAAUUGACUAAAUUGGUUAGGCCAUGUUUGGCUGUGAAGAUGAAUCAUCUGAGUGUAAUUACAACAGGCCCAUUACAUCCUCUGCCUCCUUGAAAUCCCAUGUAGAAUCCUGUCUGCGAGGGAUAUUAGUGGUGAAUGGCACAAACAACACAUGAAAGAAAGACUCUUCUGGGACUGACUGAUAAUAUUACAUACAGCCAGGGUAUUGGGACUGACUGAUAAUAUUACAUACAGCCAGGGUAUUGGGACAUGACUGAUAAUAAUACAUACAGCCAGGGUAUGGGACUGACUGAUAAUAAUACAUACAGCCAGGGUAGUUGGGACUGACUGAUAAUAAUACAUAGAGCCAGGGUAUUGGGACUGACUGAUAAUAUUACAUACAGCCAGGGUAUUGGGACUGACUGAUAAUAAUACAUACAGCCAGGGUAUUGGGACUGACUGAUAAUAAUACAUACAGCCUGGGUAUUGGGACUGACUGAUAAUAAUACAUACAGCCAGGGUAUUGGGACUGACUGAUAAUAAUACAUACAGCCAGGGUAUUGGGACUGACUGAUAAUAAUACAUACAGCCAGGGUAUUGGGACUGACUGAUAAUAAUACAUACAGCCAGGGUAUUGGGACUGACUGAUAAUAAUACAUACAGCCAGGGUAUUGGGACUGACUGAUAAUAAUACAUACAGCCAGGGUAUUGGGACUGACUGAUAAUAAUACAUACAGCCAGGGUAUUGGGACUGACUGAUAAUAAUACAUACAGCCAGGGUAUUGGGACUGACUGAUAAUAAUACAUACAGCCAGGGUAUUGGGACUGACUGAUAAUAAUACAUACAGCCAGGGUAUUGGGACUGACUGAUAAUAAUACAUACAGCCAGGAUAUACAUCCCUGGACCCCACACCAUCACCAAUAAUAUUAAAGCCACCAGGAGCAGACACACACACACACACACACACACACACACACACACACACACACACACACACACACACACACACACACACACACACACACACACACACACACACACACAGCCCCCACCAUGUGAAUCUGAACCACCAGACAAAUGACUGUGUUCCCCUGUCAUGAACUUAACCCCCCGUGGUGAACAUGCUAAUCAGACCAUCAUGAUACAGUGUGAUCCAAGACCGUAUGGAGAUGUGGCCGGGAGGGAGGAGAGGAUGAGAGAGAGAGAGAGGAGAGUGAGAGGAAGAAGGUAAUAUGAAGAUUAUAGAUGUAUAUCAUUAGAUUAAGUUUAUAUUCUAGCCUAUAUCUAUUAUAGAGAGUGAUCUGUCUCUUAUCUUGUCUCUUUGCAUCAUUUACUUUCUCUUUGUGGUAUUCUAGAGGUAGAGCGUAUAGAGAGAACUGUUUCCCUCUUUUUCUCCUCCCCUAUCUCUACCUCCCUCCUCCCCUGCUCCUCCUCCCCUAUCUCUACCUCCCUCCUCCCCUAUCUUUACCUCCCUCCACCCCUAUCUUUACCUCCCUCCUCCCCUAUCUCUACCUCCCUCCUCCCCUAUCUCUACCUCCCUCCUCCCCUAUCUCUACCUCCCUCCUCCCCUAUCUCUACCUCCCUCCUCCCCUGUCUGUUUUACCUCUCUCCCUUCCUUCUUCCCUCCCUCCUGCCACCUCCCUCUCUCCACCACUACUCCCCCCACCCUCCUCUUUCUCUCCCUCAAUCCUUCCCUCCCUGCAUCUCUUCCUCUUUCCUUCCCUCCCCCCAUCUCUUCCUCUUUCUUCUAUGUUCUUCCAUCUCUUCAUGUAAUAAAGCAGCGGCAGCAGCAGAGAUGUUUUGAUGCGUCCUCCAGCCCUCAGGCUGUUUCCAUUCAACUGAGUUCGCAAACACACACACACACACACACACCACACACACACACACACACACUCACACACACACAACACAUUGCACUGUCUCCAUGGGCAGCAGGCUUCAGUAUGAGUGGUAGUGACAUCCCUCCCCUGUACCCCCAGGCCAAGGCCCAUGCCAGCUGCCCUCCUGUCCUCCUCAGCCUCCUCAACCCCCCUGAUGUCCACACAGUGCCCAGCUAGGCUGGAGGGAUGGAUGGAGAGAUGGAGGAAUGGAAGGAAGCAGAGCUUGUGGGAAAUGGCCUUGGACAGGCACCAGACAGACAUCUAGUAAAGGAGGCCAAACGACCUCUGCUCUUUCCUCCCACCUCCUCUGUUCUAUCAUCUGUUCUAACCCUCUCUCUCUCUCUCUCUCUCUCUCUCUCUCUCUCUCUCUCCUCUCUCUCUCAAUUCAAUUCAAUUUCUCUCUCUCUCUCUCUCUCUCCCUCCCUCCCUCCCUCCAUCCCCCUCUCUCCUUCAGCAUAAGAGCUCCUUCUCUGCCCUAGGGCUGAAGGUCCAUAGAGGACCAUGGUCCCUGGUGGUGGUCUGGUGUGGUCUGCCUGUCAGCUCACAUCACUGCUGUUUGGACACCGACAGCUCCUGUUUAUCGUCAGGUGGUUCAAGGUGUAAAAAUAACACAUCUUAAUAUAACAGUGUGGUAAACCAAUCUAAUAAAGCCUUUUUAAUUUAGCUGACAAAAGGAGUGCAUAAAAAUGUAUGCACGCAUGACUGUAAGUCGCUUUGGAUAAAAGCGUCUGCUAAAUGGCAUAUUAUUACCUGAGCAGUAGCUUAAUAACACAAGAUAGAUAUUUGUCUCAAAAUACAAGUUUAUUUUUUUGUAGCCUAUCAAAAACGAAAUUCCCGUUAGAUAUUAUGACAUAUUUUUUGGGGGGGAAUAAUCAAAUCCUCAAGCUGCAGGAUUAUUUUACUCCUGAGACGAAACUGGUCAAAUUAAGAUCCGAUAUCUGUACAAACACCAACUGGACAUUAAGGGACGUUGAGCCCGUUCUACUUCAACAGGGACGACUCCAAAUGAAAUUCAUUUGCAUCGUUAUUGCAAUCUCUUGAUCUAAUCCUUCCACGUAACAACACAACACACUCACAGGAUAAAGCCUGAAAUACUUUUUUAAUCAGAUAUUACAACCAAAUUUGGAAUACUCCUAACUAAUUAUUCCAUGACGCAGCAUAUUUAAAUUGCUAACCCAGGAAGGAUAUCAAGAGGGUAGAUUGCUUUCUCUGUAUAAUGGCCUUAGAGGAUAAAAUACAUGUACACUAGAAACAAGAAAGAAGAACAAGAUGGUGUGCUUCCUUCACUUUCCUGUUUACUAGCCGGAGAGAGGGAAGAGAGAGAGAGAGGGAGAGAGAGAGAGAUAGAGAAGAGGAGAGCGAGAGAGAGAGAGAGAGAGAUAUAAAGCGAGAGAGAGAGAAGAGAUAGAAAUAGAGAGAGAGAGAGAGCAGCGCUCGCGCGCUCCAAAUCUCUCCUCUCCCGCGCAUCGCUCUCGCGUCAUCUCGCUCGCUCGCUACGCGCUCUCGAUCUCUCGCUCUCAGCGCUCCUCUUCUCGCUCCCCAUGCUCGCGCCCUCCGGCGCGCUGCGCCUGGGCCCUCGCGUCUCCUAGCUCCGCCGCUCGCGCGCUCUGCCGCGCUUACCGCGCGCACGCGCUACGGCCGCGCGCGCUCACGCCUCGCGCAGCGCGCGUGCCCGCCUGCUUCGCUCGCGCUCGUCCGCCGCGCUUCCCCUCGCUCGUUCCGCUCCGCGCGCUCGCGCAGCUCCGCUGUCCGCGCGCCGUCCCCCGUCGGCCGCUCGCGCGCAGCGAUCCGGCCGCGCGCGACUGCAGCCGCUCGCUCGGUCCGCGUCCGCGCGCCGUCGCGCCGCGCGGGCGCAGCGUCGGUCUACUCCUCGAUGGGAAGAGAGAGUGAGAGUAGUGAAGAUGGGCAAGUAGAUCAAAACAAUCUUGCAAAUGUCUUUGUUUCCACACCUUAUGACAAAAUGAAUUUAGGGUAAUCUGCCAGUUCAUCUGUGUUCAAAACACAUUACAGCUCCACAAAGCAGCCAGAGGCAACACCUGUCCUGUCUGUCUGCCUCUGCCUGCCUGUCUGUACCAACACCACCAUUUCGCGGUCUGUCUGGUCGUCUGUCUGUCGGUCUGUCCUUCGGUCUGGCCUGUCUGUCUGUUCGGUCUUCUGUCUUGUCGUCUGGUCUGUCGGCUGUCCGCCUGCCUCCCUUCCUGCCUGCUGCCUGCCUGCCGCCGCUGCCUGCCGGCCUGUCCUGUCUGUCGGGCUGUCUGGCUGCGGCCUGUAAGUCCGUGCUUCCACACUAAGAGGAGGGAUCUGCAAAGACCUGCUGACAGCAGUUAGUUUGCCUGACAGAUUCUGUAGAGUAAGCACCCCGGGACCAUAUGGAUUCCGGGGAUAAUGGUUUAUAAACCUGGCAAAAGAACGUUUUAAUCCGCCAAGUACAGAACGAAACUUGGGGCCCUGUUUUCAAGUCAAGGUAUUCACUAUUCAUCACCUUUUCUCCCACUCUUAAACGUUCUAUACACUUUUUGUCUUCCUGUAACGCAGGACGGAUACGCAUCUUCAAAUCACUUCCUCUUUCUGAUAUGGUGAGUGGCUCAGUUAAAACGUACAGGCAUCAAGGUGUCAUGUCUUGAUGAUAAUAAGCGGGAACGUUUGUAAAAAAUAGACACCACUGUACUUCACGACAUUAGAAAACCUCUCAGAUUACCCAGAGAGAGAGAGAGAGAGGUACCGGUGUAAAUACCCACUGGGCACACACUGGUUGAAUCAACGUUGUCUGCACGUCAUUUCAACGAAAUUAUGUUGCGCCAACGUGGAAUAGACGUUGAUUUGACAUCUGUGCCCGUCUCCCUCAACUUCUUACCGUACCAACCACACAACACCCACACACACAACACACACAACACACACCAACACACACACACACACCCACAGUCAAACACCCGUGCAACAUGCCACUAUACCCAUACCCCCCCAUCACCCUACAGUAUUACCCACACCCAUUAUAUAGUAACACCCCCCCACAUCAGCCCCUAACAGUAUAACCCAUACAGGCCCCAGUAUAUAUACCCCCCAAUCCCCUACAUAUAUACCCACAACACCCAUAUAUAUACCCCCCCAUCACCCAUACUUAUAUACCCACAACCGCCACAGUAAAUAUCCCCCCAUCAGCCCACAGCCUCAGUCUUAACCCACACAAGCGCCAGUAAUAAAUAUAACCCCCCCCCAUCAGCCCUACAGUCUAUCCCACAACGUACAAUCGCCCAGUAUAAUACCAUACACCCCAAUCAGCCCUACAUUAUAUCUCCCACCACAUCCCCAUAUGGUCUCCCCCCCCCCAAUCCGCCCUACAGUAUACCACACAGCCCCAGUCGAUAUACCCCCCCAAUCAGCCCUACAGUAAAAUACCCACACAGCCCCAGUAUAUAUACCCCCCCAUCAGCCCUACAGGUAUAUACCCACACGCCCCAGUAUAUAUCCCCCCCCCAAUCAGCCUACAUUAUAUACCCACACAGCCCCAGUAUAUAUACCCCCCCCCCCAAUCAGCCCUACAGUAUAUACCCACACAGCCCCAGUAUAUACCCCCCCAACCCAGCCCUACAGUAUAUACCACCACCCCAGUUUAUACCCCCCAAUCAGCCCUACAGUAUAUACCCACACAGCCCCAGUUUUAUACCCCCCCCCCCAAUCAGCCCUACAGUAUAUACCCCCCGCCCCAGUAUAUAUACCCCCCCCAAUCAGCCCUACAUAUAUACCCACACAGCCCCAGUAUAUCAAUACCCCCCAAUCACCCUACAUAUAUACCCCCAGCCCCAGUAUAUAUACCCCCCAUCAGCCCUACAGUAUAUACCCCACAGCCCCAGUAUAUAUCCCCCCCAUCAGCCCUACAGUAUAUACCCACCAGCCCCCAGUAUAUAUACCCCCCAAUCAGCCCUACAGUAUAUACCCACACAGCCCCAGUAUAUAUACCCCCCAAUCAGCCCUACAGUAUAUACCCACACAGCCCCAGUAUAUAUACCCCCCAAUCAGCCCUACAGUAUAUACCCACACAGCCCCAGUAUAUAUACCCCCCCAUCAGCCCUACAGUAUAUACCCACACACCCCAGUAUAUAUCCCCCCCCCCCCAUCAGCCCUACAGUAUAUACCCACACAGCCCCAGUAUAUAUACCCCCCCCCAUCAGCCCUACAGUAUAUACCCACACAGCCCCAUAUAUAUACCCCCCCAAUCAGCCCUACAGUAUAUACCCCACAGCCCCAUAAUAUAACACCCCCCAUCAUCCCUACAGUAUAUACCCACACGCCCCCAGUAUAUAUACCCCCCCAAUCAGCCCUACAGUAUAUACCCACACAGCCCCAGUAUAUAUACUACCCCCCCAAUCAGCCCUACAGUAUAUACCCACACAGCCCCAGUAUAUAUACCCCCCCCCAAUCAGCCCUACAGUAUAUACCCACACCAGCCCCAGUAUAUAUACCCCCCCAAUCAGCCCUACAGUAUAUACCCACACAGCCCCAGUAUAUAUACCCCCCAAUCAGCCCUACAGUAUAUACCCACACCGCCCCAGUAUAUAUACCCCCCCAUCAGCCCUACAGUAUAUACCCACACAGCCCCAGUAUAUAUACCCCCCAAUCAGCCCUACAGUAUAGCUGUGGAUUAAAGAGCCCACUCAGCUCGUUGUGACGGAGAUAAUUGAGGUCAGGAUGUCAAUGACGGUGUGACUCCUCCACUCCCAACUUGAAUAUUCUCCUCACAGCCAGCCAGCCCUCUCUCUGUCUACAGGCUUUCAUUAUACACACAGCUGUGAGAGAGGGAUUCAUGAAAUAUUCUCUCUGCAGAAAGACUAGUCUACUAGUAUAGGGGACGGAUAGAGAGAGAGAGAGAGAGAGAGAGAAACGAGGAUAGAGAAGAGAGAGAUGAGAGAGAGAGAGAGACGAGAUAAGACGAGACUAGAGAUAGAGAUAGAGAGAGAGAGAGAAGAGAGAGGAGAGAGAGAGAUAGAUCCGACCGUAGAGAGAGAGAGAGAUACAGAGAUGAGAGACAUAGAGAGAGAGAAGAGAGAGAGAGAGAUAGAGUAGAUAGAGCGAUAGCGAAAGUAGAUUAAGAUAGAGAGAGAGAGAUAUAUAGAGGUGAUGAGAUAAGAGAGAGAGAGAGAGCGAAAGAGAGAAAGACCCAGCUAAUCAAGCCCAGGUGAUGGAUGGAGUAGAGAGAGAUAGAGAGAAAGAGAUCCAUUCUGCUAGCCCAGAUCAUCUCUAUAAAAUAAUGUCUCUAUUUUUCUACUUAAUGGUAUUUUGCUCCUCACAGUGACUACCUCUCUACCUUACCAUAGUUCCUCCAGAACCUGGAACACCAGUAACAGUUGACCAUGUCUUAGAGUUGUUUUCUCAAUCCAUCAGCUUGUUUCAAGUUUCUUCUGUCUCAUCUCCCUCCAUAGUUGUUGUCAUCCCUACAUGGCUUUCUUGUUGAUUUCUCAUGCUUCUUCUAUGACUAACAUGGUUUUUAAUCCUGAUGAAUCUACAUGUUUUGUUUGAUUGGGAGCCAACCAUGUUGUUUUGCUAACAUGGCUUCUUCUGAUUGAUCUAACAUGGCUUCUGUUCUGAUUGAUCUAACAUGGUUUCUGUUCUGAUUGAUCUAACAUGGUUUCUGUUCUGAUUGAUCUAACAUGACUUCUGUUCUGAUUGAUCUCACAUGUUUCUCCUGUUUCUGAUUGAUCUAUACAUGGCCUUCUCUGUUCUACUUAUCUAACAUGGUUUCCUGUUCUGAUUGAUCAAAAACCAUGGCAUUUAUCCUUCUUUUGGUUUGUUGGUUGGCACCAAACCAUUCAGAGAGAGAAGGAGAAUAUGUUCCGGCACCUCGCGUCCCUCCUCUCCCAUUGAGCAGGGGGCGCCGUGGGAUUUAUUUAAGAUACAUCCUGAAUUAUAAAUGUUCGCCAGGCGUAAGGAGGGAUCUCAGCCAGUUAACCAUAAAUGAGCUCACACAUCUGUGUUAAACUGUGUGUGUGUGUUGUUGUUGAUGGUUGGUGAUGUUGAGAGUAGAAGUGGAGAUUGGAAGGUCUUCUCUCUCGAAUCCACCAGCUUCUUUCUGAUUUCUCAUGCUUCUCUCUUAUCGUCAAGAUGGUGCAUGAAAUUACUGAUCUCAUUCUAGCAUCUCUUGCUUUGGCAGCAUUCGUAUUAGAGAUGUCCGCCGUACACAGACAGGUUUAUUGCACCCUGCCCCACAAAAUGAGGUGAAACUGAGCUGCACUUCCUAACCUCCUGCCAAAUGUAUCACCCAUUUAGAGACACAUAUUUCCUCAUUAAUACACAUACCCAGAAUUUGAAAACAAAUCUCAUAUCUAUUGGGUGAAAUACCAGUGCCAUCACAGCAGCAAGAUUUGUGACCUGUUGCCACAAGAAAAGGGCAACCAGUGAAGAACAAACACCAUAUUAAAUACAACCCAUUUUGUACUUUAACUAUCUGCACAUCAUUACAACACUAUAUAUAGACAUAAUAUGACAUUUGAAAUGUCUCUAUUCCUUUGGAACUUUUCUGAGUGUAAUGUUUACUGUUAAUAUUUAUUGUACUUGCUUUUAACUAUUUCAUGUUAACAUAUGUUUCCCAUUCCAAUAAAGCCCUUUGAAUUGAAUUGAGAGAGAGAGAGAAAGUGUAGGGGAGAACCAAGGUUUGUAGUUAGUCAGAGACAUAUGGUGUCAAGUGAAUCCUCUCCCCAAUUCCAAAGGCAGUCCCCCCCAAUACAUUAUAUUUUAGGGCACAUCGACAGAUUUUUUUCACCUAGUCGGCUCGGGGAUUAGAUCCAGCGACCUUUCGGUUACUGGCACAACGCUCUUAACCACUAAGCUACCUGCCGCCCAAUACCAAAUGCAGUCUCCUCAAUACCAAAAGCAGUCUCCUCAAUACCAAAAGCAGUCUCCCCAAUAUCAAAGGCAGUCUCCCCAAUAUCAAAAGCAGUCUCCCCAAUAUCAAAAGCAGUCUCCCCAAUAUCAAAAGCAGUCUCCCCAAUACCAAAAGCAGUCUCCCCAAUACCAAAAGCAGUCUCCCCAAUACCAAAAGCAGUCUCCCCUAUACCAAAAGCAGUCUCCCCAAUACCAAAAGCAGUCUCCCCUAUACCAAAAGCAGUCUCCCCAAUACCAAAAGCAGUCUCCCCUAUACCAAAAGCAGUCUCCCCAAUACCAAAAGCAGUCUCCCCAAUACCAAAAGCAGUCUCCCCAAUACCAAAAGCAGUCUCCCCAAUACCAAAAGGCAGUCUCCCCAAUACCAAAGGCAGUCUCCCCAAUACCAAAGGCAGUCUCCCCAAUACCAAAGGCAGUCUCCCCAAUACCAAAGGCAGUCUCCCCAAUACCAAAGGCAGUCUCCCCAAUACCGCAGUCUCCCCAAACCAAGGGCAGUCCCCCAAAGCAGUCUCCCCAUAGACCAAAAGGCAGUGCUCCCCCAAUACCAAAGGCAGUCCUCCCCAAUACCAAAAGCAGUCCUCCUCCCCAAUACACAAAGGGCCAGUACUCCCCCAAUACCAAAGGCCAGUCUCCCCAAUAACCAAAAGGCAGUCUCCCCAAAACCAAAAGGCAGCGUUCUCCCCAAUAGACCAAGGCAGUCUCCCCAAUACCCAAGGCAGUCCCCCAAUACCAAAAGGCAGUCUCCCCAAUUACCAAAAGCAUCCCUCCCCAAAUACCCAAAGGCCAGUCUCCCCCAAUACCAAAGGCAGUCUACCCCAAUUACCAAAAGGCAGUCUCCCCAAUACCAAAAGGCAGUCUCCCCCAAUACCAAAGGGCAUCUCCCCAAUACAAAGGCAGUCUCCCCCAAUACCAAAGGCAGUCUCCCCAAUACCAAAGGCAGUCUCCCCAAUACCAAAGGCAGUCUCCCCAAUACCAAAGGCAGUCUCCCCAAUACCAAAGGCAGUCUCCCCAAUACCAAAGGCAGUCUCCCCAAUACCAAAGGCAGUCUCCCCAAUACCAAAGGCAGUCUCCCCAAUACCAAAGGAAGUCUCCCCAAUACCAAAGGCAGUCUCCCCAAUAUCAAAAGCAUAAUGUGUUCUGGCAUCCACCUCUACAGUGUCUUAAAAGACAGGACAUUCAUCCUCACAGUGAAACGCCGUACCAGAUGGUUGAACUACUGUUGCUAAGCAAACAUAAUAAGACUGAACUAAAGGAGCCUGAUCGUAGCAACAGCAUUAUGGGAUGUUGAAUACACUGUCCAAUACUAAUCUCAGGUCUGAUAUCUGGUUGGUACAUUCCAGAUGGGGUUAAAUGGGUUGAAUGUAGUAGAAGGAAUUGUGUGGAAGACUCGUUUGUUAGUCCAAUCUGUGUUGAUGAGCAAUGUCCUUAAACAACUUCAUAUACAGGACAUUCAGAUACUAUUCAGACCUCUUUACUUUUUACACAUUUUGUUACGUUACAACAUUAUUCUAAAAUGGAUUAAAUUCUUUUUUUUCCUCAUCAAAUCUAUAUACAAUACCACAUAAUGACUAAGCAAAAACAGGUUUUUAUUAAUAUCACAUUUACAUUCAGACCCUUUACUCAGUACUAUGUUGAAGCACCUUUGGUGAAGCGAUUAGAGCCAGCGAUUACAGCCUCGAGUCUUCUUGGGUAUGACGCUACAAGCUUGGCACACCUGUAUUUGGGGAGUUUCUCCCAUUCUUCUCUGCAGAUCCUCUCAAGCUCUGUCAGGUUGGAUGGAGAGCGUCGCCGGACAGCUAUUUUCAGGUCUCUCCAGAGAUGUUCGAUCGGGUUCAGGUCCAGGCUCUGGCUGGGCCACUCAAGGACAUUCAGAGACUUGCCCCCGAAGCCACUCCUGCAUUGUCUUGGCUGUGUGCUUAGGGUCAUUGUCCUGUUGGAAGGUGAACCUUCGCCCCAGUCUGAGGUCCUGAGAGCUCUGGAUUAGGUUUUCUUCAAGGAACUCUCUGUACAGUGCUCCAUUCAUCUUUCCCUCCAUCCUGACUAGUCUCACAGUCCCUGCCGCUGAAAAACAUCCCCACAGCAUGAUGCUGACAUCACCAUGCUUCACCAUAGGGAUGGUGCCAGGUUUCCUCCAAACGUGACACAUGGCAUUCAGGCCAAAGAGCUCAAUCUUGGUUUCAUCAGACCAGAGAAUCUUGUUUCUCAUGGUCUGAGAGUCCUUUAGGUGCCUUUUGGCAAACUCCAAGCGGGCUGUCAUGUGCCUUUUACUGAGGAGUGGCUUCCGUCUGGCCACUCUACCAUAAAGGCCUGAUUGGUGGAGUGCUGCAGAGAUGGUUGUCCUUCUGGAAGGUUCUCCCAACUCCACAGAGGAACUCUGGAGCUCUGUCAGAGUGACCAUCGGGUUCUUGGUCACCUCCCUGACCAAGGCCCUUCUCCCCCGAUUGCUCAGUUUGGCCGUGCGGCCAGCUCUAGGAAGAGUCUUGGUGGUUCCAAACUUCUUCCAUUUAAGAAUGAAGGAGGCCACUGUGUUCUUGGGGACCUUCAAUGCUGCAGAAAUGUUUUGGUACCCUUCCCCAGAUCUGUGCCUUGACACAAUCCUGUCUCUGAGCUCUACGGACAAUUAUUUCGACCUCAUGGCUUGGUUUUUGCUCUGACUGGUACUAUCAACUGUGGGACCUUAUAUAGACAGGUGUGUGCCUUUCCAAAUCAUGUCCAAUCAAUGUAAUUUACUGUAGGUGGACUCCAAUCAAGUUCUAGAAACAUCUCAAGGAUGAUCAAUGGAAACAGGAUGCACCUGAGUUCAUUUUGAGUCUCAUAGCAAGGGGUCUGAAUACUUAUGUAAUAAGGUAUUUCUGUUUUAUAUUUUUAAUAGAUUUGCAAAAAUGUAUUACAACCUGUUUUCGCUUUGUCGUUAUUGGGUAUUGUGUGUAGAUUGAUGAGGAAAGAAAUUAAUUUAAUCCAUUUUAGAAUAAGGCUGUAACGUAACAAAAUGUGGAAAAAGGGGAAGGGGUCUGAAUACUUUUCCGAAAGCAUCAAUUGCAAAGGCCUGAAGUUAGACAAUUAGGAACCUAACUAAAUAACAACGAUUCACAAUCACAAAUGAUAUAACCUUGUCUCCAGGGUUAACUAAGAGCUGCCUGGGGGAUGAGAUUACAACUGCCAUGGUAACGGGUUGAAUAUUGGUGAGUAUCCGGUCACAACACCAAGCCUCAAAGAAGAUGCUGCUACGCGAUUGAAGGAUCGUUUCUGUACCCUCACCUGUGAAGGAAGACAUCAUACAACACUCAGACUGUAGAUUUAACCAAAUGUAAAGAAUGAAACAUUUUAAACAGAUAUCACUACGUCGGCAUCCUCCGCAUUGCUGUAGGGUGCAAUUACAUCGUACCACUCCACCGAGAUACCUCUUCACCUCGCUACUCAAACAUUUACAUGGAGAAGCUCUUUGUAGUAGAAUAUUUUCUUUUUUUGAAAAAAAAAAGUUUGCCAACGCUAGCAUUAAUAUUGAGGUCUUUAUAGCAGCUGGUUCGUUGUGUGAUGUUCUGAGAGAUCUAUCCGUGAUUCAAAGAUGGGUCAUAGGAAGUACAGGAAAUAGGACGGGUAACCUCUCAAUAGAUAGAACUUCAACAGUAGGACUGUACGAUAUACACUAGGGGAAACUUCAAUGGAACUCUCACUCAUAUGUGUAAAAUACACAUUCAGUUUUUUUGGUUUAUUGAUAGGGAAUUUAGGAUAUUCCAUUGUGAUAUUCAAUUGUUAUUGAUAGGGAAUUUAGGAUAUUCCAUGGUGAUAUUCAAUUGUUAUUGAUAGUGAAUAUAGGAUAUUCCAUUGUGAUAUUCAAUUGUUAUUGAUAGUGAAUUUAGGAUAUUCCAUUGUGAUAUUCAAUUGUUAUUGAUAGGGAAUUUAGGAUAUUCCAUUCCUUACUUAGAUUUGUGUGUAUUGGGUAUAUGUUGUGAAAUUGUUAGAUAUUACUUGAUAGAUAUUACUGCACUGUCGGACCUAGAAGCACAAGCAUUUCGCUACACCUGCAAUAACAUCUGCUAAACACGUGUAUGUCACAAAUACAAUUUGAUUUGAUUUGAUUUGUAAGCACAUUACAUAUUCUGGACAGACACAGACAUUCCUGGGACUUGAAGGGUUAAGCUUCCUGCUUAUUAGUAUUUGCAGUCAGAUUGAUUAAAUCAGUGGAUUCACACAGAACCUGGUUUGCAGUUUGUGUUCAACCAGAUUAGAGCCUUAAUCCUUGGAUGGAUCUGUUAAUCCACGGGGAGUGGUGUCCGUACACGCUACUCACGUUCUUCUCCUUCACUACACACACACACACACACACACACACACACACACACACACCACACACACACGCACACACACACACACACACACACACACACACACACACACACACACACACACACACACACACACACACACACACUCAGCAUGGCUGCAUGCAUACCAUACCAUACCAUACCAUACCAUGUCAUACCAUACCAUACCAUACCAUACCAUACCAUGUCAUACCAUACCAUACCAUGUCAUACCAUACCAUACCAUACCAUGUCAUACCAUACCAUACCAUACCAUACCAUACCAUGCUGUUCUGGUGCUAGUGGAUCUACUGUAAUCCAUCAAUAAUAGAGUGUAUCUGAUUACUAUAUGAUUACAGAGGAGACUCUUGCACAUAUGUUGCAGAUGAGAUGAGUCAACCAUUCGUUGGUAAAGCAUAGCAUUCUAAUGCCAUGUGGAGGGCUGAGAGGAGAGAAGGAGAGAGAAAGAAAAAAGAAAGAAAGAAAGAAAGAAAGAAAGAAAAAGAAAGAAAGAAAGAAAGAAAGAAAGAAAGAAGAAAGAAAGAAAGAAAUAAAGAGAAAGAAGAAUAGAAGAAAAAGAAAGAAAGAAAAGAAGAAAGAAAGAGAGAAAAGAAAGAAAGAAAGAAAGAAAGAGAGAAAGAAAGAAGAAAGACAAGAAUAGAUAGAAACAGAGAGACGAAGAAAGAAGAAAGAGAACUAAAAGAAAGAACAAAGAGAAAGAAGAAAGAGAAAGGAAGGUGACUUACAUUGAGUCCUCUCUGGAACACCUGUUGUCCCAUGACGUCUACCAGCAUCCUACAGACGCACACCUGAAAGAAUAGAUAAGAGAAGAACACACUUGAUCAAUAAUAUAGGUUGAGUAACAAUGUAACCUAUGAGCUGUACAUUACAUUUUAGUUGACACUUUUAUCCAGAACAACUUACAGGUGAAAUUAGGGUUAAGUGCCUUACUCAACAGCACAUCAGUUAUAUAGUCGGUUCGGAAUUCGAACCAGCAACCUUUCGGUUACUGGCACAAUGCUCUAAACCGCAAGGCUACCUGCUGCCCAGUACAAUUCCAUAUAAUGCUCUCCAAAGGCUUACUGCAGUGAUAUCGUGGUAGAUAUAACAGGAGGAGAAUCAAGAAAACAAGGAAGGAUGUAUAAGUUCAGCUGUCCUAAACUGUAGAUGUGAUCAUAUAUAAACCAGAUCCCACUGAAAGGGCUCUUUAGCUGUCCUAAACUGUAGAUGUGAUCAUAUAUAAAUCAGAACCCACUGAAAGGGCUCUUUAGCUGUCCUAAACUGUAGAUGUGAUCAUAUAUAAACCAGAACCCACUGAAAGGGCUCUUUAGCUGUCCUAAACUGUAGAUGUGAUCAUAUAUAAACCAGAACCCACUGAAAGGGCUCUUUAGCUGUCCUAAAUGUCACGAUCGUCGGUAAGAGAGGAGGACCAAGGCGCAGCGUUGAAUGCGAACAUAUUUAUUAUAGGUGAUACACGAUCAAAACGAUAACGUGACAGUCAACGGUCUAACACAAACCAGCUAGAACAAGAUCCCACAACCACUGUGGGCAAACAGCUUGUUUAAAUGUGGUUCCCAAUCAGAGACAACCAGCCACAGCUGACACUCGUUGCCUCUGAUUGAGAACCACACUGGCCAACAUAGAAAUGGAACACAUAGAAUACAAAUGAAACUCACACCCUGGCUCAACAUACAAGUGUCCCCAGAGCCAGGGCGUGACAGUACCCCCCCCUAAAGGCGCGGACUCCGACCGCGCCAACUAAAUACCACAGGGGAGGGACCGGGUGGGCACUCCGCCUUGGCGGCGGAUCCGGCUCCAGGCCUGAUCCCCGCUCCCUCUCCAACCCCCCAAAGUACCCCUGGUCCGGUCUGGCCCCGCUGGCCGGAGCUGGACUGCACACUGAUGGAGCGGAUUGCUCUAGCUCCGGCGUAACGCAUCUGACCGGUGCCGGACCAGGCACCAGUAGAACAGGCACAGGCCGUGCCGGACUGACGACGCCCACCACUGGCUUGGUGUGGAGAACAGGCACGGGCCGUGCUGGACUGGCGACGCACACCACUGGCUUGGUGUGAGGAGCAGGAGCGGGCCGAACCGGGCUGUGCGACGCGCACCAUUGGCUUGGUGCGGGAAGCAGGAGCGGGCCGACCGGGCUGACGAUGCGCACCCCUGGCUUGGUGCGUGGAGCAGGAACGGACCGGACCGGGCUGACGAUGCGCACCCCUGGCUUAGUGCGUGGAGCAGCAACGGGCCGGGCCGGGCUGACGAUACGCACCCCUGGCUUGGUGCAUGGAGCAGGAACGGGCUGGACCGGGCUGGACGACUCGCACCCCUGGCUUGGUGCGAGUGGCAGGAACAGGCCGGACCGGGCUGGCGACGCGCACCAUAGGCUUGGUGCGGGGAGCAGGAACAGGCCGGGCCGGGCUGGCGAAGCGCACCAUAGGCUUGGUGCGGGGAGCAGGAACAGGCCGGGCCGGGCUGGCGAAGCGAACCAUAGGCUUGGUGCGGGGAGCAGGAACAGGCCGGGCCGGGCUGGCGAUGCGCACCAUUGGCUUGGUGCGGGAGCAGGAACAGGCGGACCGGGCUGGAGACUCGCACCAUUGGCCUGGUGCGGGGAGCAGGAACAGGCCGGACCGUACUGGGGACACACACCACUGGCCCUACGCAGGGAUCUGGAACGGGCCGGACCGGACUGGUAACACACCCCAGUACCUCUCGCCGUGCCUCUACAACCUUCCAUCCCCUCUUCGAACCAGUGGCCCCCGUAACCUGGCGGCCUCCUCUGCCAACCCGCUGGGCCGCUCUGUCGCGGUCUCCUGCUGGCCCGUCGUCCACGGCGUUAGCCCCCCCCUAAAAAUUGUAUGGGCUUCACUCCUACCCGUGGACCAGGUCUCCAUACUUCUCGCCAGCCUUUCGCCCUUCUGCUUCCACGUCAAGCCCCUCUCUUCCUCACCCGGCUUGACCCAGUCGAGGAGGCGCUGGAUAUCCGCUAGGGAUUUCGCUGGCGAUGGCUCCUGGACCCGCUGCUUGGUCCAGUUCUGGUGGGAUCUUCUGUCACGAUCGUCGGUAAGAGAGGAGGACCAAGGCGCAGCGUUGAAUGCGAACAUAUUUAUUAUAGGUGAUACACGAUCAAAACAACAAAACGAUAACGUGACAGUUCACGGUCUAACACAAACCAACUCGAAACAAGAUCCCACAACCACUGUGGGCAAACAGCUUGUUUAAAUGUGGUUCCCAAUCAGAGACAACCAGCCACAGCUGACACUCGUUGCCUCUGAUUGAGAACCACACUGGCCAACAUAGAAAUGGAACACAUAGAAUACAAAUGAAACUCACACCCUGGCCAACAUACAAGUGUCCCCAUAGCCAGGGCGUUGACACUAAACUGUAUGAUGUGAUCAAUAUAAACCCAGAUCCACUGAAAAGGGCUCUUACUGUCCUAAACUGUAGAUGUGAUCAUAUAUAACACCAAUCCCACUGAAAGGGCUCUUUAGCUUGUCCUAAACUGUAGAUGUGAUCAUAUAUAAAAUCAGAACCCACUGAAGGGCUUCUUCAGCUGUCCUAAACUGUAGAUGUGAUCAUAUAUAAAAAACCAGAACCCCACUGAAAGUGCUCUUUAGCUGUCCUAAACUGUAGAUGUGAUCAUAUUAUAAAACCAGAUCCCACAGCCUCAUCCUAAGAUACAUGAGGAUGAUCUGUUCCCUUUAUUAAAACCAGUGCUGCUGUCUAUCAUGUUGUUUAUUUUAGUUGUUGAAGUCGAGAGGAGAGAGAGAGAGAGAAGAGAGAGGAGAGAGAGAGAGGAGAGAGAGAGAUGAGAGGGAAAAUUGAUCCUUCCCCUCUAUCCCUCUCUCUCUCUCUCUCUCCUCUCUCUUCUCUCUCUCUCUCUCUCUCUCUCUCCCCCUGCUCUCUCUCCUCUUUUCCUCUCGCUCUCUCUCUCCUCCUUUGCUCUCUCUCGCCUCUCUUCUUCCUCUUUGUCCCUUCCCUCUUUCCCCCAUCCCUCCCUCCUCUCUUCCUCUUUAUGUCACCACUCCCCCCUGUUUCUUCCACCCCUUUCCCCCGGUUAUCCUUCUUCCCAUUCCUUCCGGUGCCCUAAACCCUUAUUUUCCCCUUCCCCUUUCCCCCCCAUUUGUCUUUCUGGUUCCUUCCCCAAAAGCCAGUUCGGCGGUGUUAUGCCGUUUCCCCUGUAGAGUUUUUUUCUUUAACCAACAAAGACUUUCCUAGUCUAAAAAAUAAAAGCCCUGGUCUGUUGUAGGAUGGGGACUACCGGGAAAGUUAUACGGUGGAUAUAACACGGCAGUAUCACUCAAAUCGACCGUCCAUCCACCCCCCCGGGUUUUUUGAUCUACCUAACCCAAAUGUACACCGGGAUUGGGGGGAGCCGACUGGACAAUCCCCAAAACCAAACACUCCAAACUAAAUAUUUAGAUCCUCUCUGGUUAAAAAAUUCAAACUCUACAGCUAGUCCAAAUUAUUGCUCGAAAAACCCGUCUACGUCAAAUUUAAACACCCUCUCUUCUCCCGGAGGGACUUUCUCCUCCGUUCCACGUCCCUCUCUCCCCUUCCCUGUUCCUGUCCUUUAACCAACCGCCUCAGCUUCUACUUGGGGUCCUCUUUUCCCCCCCGCCCAGAACAUGCCGACUGACCUUUUCCCAAAAACAACUAAAGGAUUGAUAGGUCCUUUGCCUUAGGGGGAAACCCAGGUCUUUCAAAUUUUUUUUUCUCGGCCUCUCAUGCUUAUAUUCAAGAUACAAACUGCCAUCUCACCCACCAUCUGAUUGGAGACCCCCUUUCCCCUGAACCUCUCCAAACCUUUUUUUCCCCUUUUCUUUCCCCUUCGUGUACAGUUAACCCUUUUGGUCACCAGGCCUGUUCACCCUGCACCAUCAGAAGAGGAACACUACAAAGGGCCUGUUCACCCUGCUACCAUCUAGAAAGACCUAAGGCCUGUUUACCCUGUACCCUCUAGAAGAGGAACUAAAAGGCCUGUUUCACCCUGCACCCCUAACCAUCUAGAAGGAGGAGCCAACCACAGGGCCUGUUCACCCUGUACCUCUAGAAGAAGGGGGACCCUCAGGGCUGUUCACCCUGCUACCAUCUAAAGGAGGAACCCCUAGGCCUGUUCACCCCUGCUACCAUCUAGAAGGAGGGGACCUACAGGGCCUGUUUCACACCCCUGCUACCAUCUAAAGGGGUAGACCUACAGUGGGCCCCGUUCCACCCUUCUUUCCCUAAAAAACAAAUACAGUAACUGUUUCCCCCCUUCUAAUUAAAGAGUUAAACAUACAGGGCCUUCACCCCCCUGCUACUCAACAAAAGGGAGACCUCAGGCCGUUCACCUGCCUCUGAAGGAGGAGACACUACAGGGGCCUGUUCAACACUGCACAUUAGAAAGGGUGACACUACACCUUUUCAACCCUCGCUCACUCUAAAGGGAGAACACUACAGGCCUUUCACCCUCUUACCAUCUAGAAAGGAAACUAAAAGGCGCAAACCCCGAUACAUUAAAAGAGAAACUACAGGGGUGUUACCUGCAACCAUUAAAGGAGACACUACAGGCCUUCACCUCUAAAACCAUCUAGAAGGAGAACAACUACAGGGCUUUCCCCCAAAGAACAUCUAAAAGGGGAAAAAACCCAACACACCUUUCCACCACAACACCCUAAAAGCUACACUAAAACACAAAGGCUUAUGGACCAAGAUAAAACCCUUCUAUUUUCAAAGCCACAACUGUUAAUAGUCCCCAUUUCAACCGGCCUCCAACCAUACCCUGCCCCUCCCCGAACCUUUUUCCCCCGUAUAAGGCUACCCAGGCUUCUCUCCUGCACCUUAGAGACUGCUGCCCUAUGCACAUAGACAUGGAACACUGGACACUUUAAUAAUAAUAUAAUAUGCCAUUUAGCAGACGCUUUUAUCCAAAGCGACUUACAGUCAUGCGUGCAUAAAUGUUUGGUCCCGGGGAUCGAACCCACUACCUUGGCGUUACAAGCGCCGUUCUCUACCAGCUGAACUACAGAGGACCACAGAGUUUACAUACUGUUUUACCCACUUCAUAUGUACAAUUGAAGUCAGAAGUUUACAUACACCUUAGCCAAAUACAUUUAAACUCAGUUUUUCACAAUUCCUGACAUUUAAUCCUAGUAAAAAUUCCCUGUCUUAGGUCAGUUAUGAUUACCAUAUUAUUUUAAGAAUGUGAAAUGUCAGAAUAAUAGUAGAGAGAAUGAUUUAUUUGAGCUUUUAUUUCUUUCAUCACAUUCCGAGUGGGUCAGAAGUUUACAUACACUCAAUUAGUAUUUGGUAGCAUUGCCUUUAAAUUGUUUAACUUGGGUCAAACAUUUCGGGUAGCCUUCCACAAGCUUCCCACAAUAAGUUGGGUGAAUUUUCGGCCCAUUCCUCCUGACAGAGCUGGUGUAACUGAGUCAGGUUUGUAGGCCUCCUUGCUCGCACACGCUUUUUCAGUUCUGCCCACACAUUUUCUAUAGAAUUGAGGUCAGGGCUUAGUGAUGGCCACUCCAAUACCUUGACUUUGUUGUCCUUAAGCAAUUUUGCCACAACUUGUUAAGUAUGCUUGGGGUCAUUGUCCAUUUGGAAGACCCAUUUGCGACCAAGCUUUAACUUCCUGACUGAUGUCUUGAGAUGUUGCUUCAAUAUAUCCACAUAAUUUUCCAAACAUAACGAUGGUCAUUAUGGCCAAACAGUUCUAUUUUUGUUUCAUCAGACCAGAGGACAAUUCUCCAAAAAGUACGAUCUUUGUCCCCAUGUGCAGUUGCAAACCGUAGUCUGGCUUUUUUAUUGCGGUUUUGGAGCAGUGGCUUCUUCCUUGCUGAGCGGCCUUUCAGGUUAUGUGGAUAUAGGACUCGUUUUACUGUGGAUAUAGAUACUUUUGUACCUGUUUCCUCCAGCAUCUUCACAAGGUCCUUUACUGUUGUUCUGGGAUUUAUUUGCACUUUUCGCACCAAAGUACGUUCAUCUCUAGGAGACAGAACGCGUCUCCUUCCUGAGCGGUAUGACGGCUGCGUGGUCCCAUGGUGAUAUACUUACGUACUAUUGUUUGUACAGAUGAAUGUGGUACCUUCUGGCGUUUGGAAUUUGCUCCCAAGGAUGAACCAGACUUGUGGAGGUCUACAAUUUUUUUUCUGAGGUCUUGGCUGAUUUCUUUUGAUUUUCCCAUGAUGUCAAGCAAAGAGGCACUGGGUUUGAAGGUAGGCCUUGAAAUACAUCCACAGGUGCACCUCCAAUUGACUCAAAUGAUGUCAAUUAGCCUAUCAGAAGCUUCUAAAGCCAUGACAUCAUUUUUUGGAAUUUCCCAAGCUGUUUAAAGGCACAGUCAACUUAGUGUAUGUAAACUUCUGACCCCCUGGAAUUGUGAUACAGUGAAUUAUAAGUGAAAUAAUCUGUCUGUAAACAAUUGUUGGAAAAUUACUUGUGUCCUAACCGACUUGCCAAAACUAUAGUUUGUUAACAAGAAAUUUGUGGAGUGGUUAAAAAACGAGUUUUAAUGACGCCAACCUAAGUGUAUGUAAACCUCCGAAUUCAACUGUAUAUACUGUAUUCUAGACAAGACUCAUCCUAUAGCAUUACUGCUGUACAUACCUUUUCUAUUCAUAUACUGUCCAUACUGUCUAUACACACCAUCAAAUACAUAUAUAUUUAUAUCCCGGACUCUGACAUUGUUCGUUCUGAUAUUUCUAGAUUUCUUAAUUCCUCUCUUUUUAUUUUUUGGGAUUUGUGUGUAUUGUUUUGUAUUGUUAGGUAGGAACAUAAGCAUUUCACUGCACCUGCGAUAAGAUCUGCAAAAUGUGUAUACACUACCAGUCAAAAGUUUGGACACACCUAUUCAUUCCAGGGUUUUUCUUAAUUUUUUACUAUUUUCUACAUUGUAGAAUAAUAGUAAAGACAUCAAAACUAUGAAAUAACACAUAUGGAAUCAUGUAGUAACCAAAAAAGUGUUAAACAAAUCAAAAUAUAUUUUUAUAUUUGAGAUUCUUCAAAGUAGCCACCCUUUGCCUUGAUUACAGCUUUGCACACUCUUGGCAUUCUCUCAACCAGCUUCAUGAGGUAGUCACCUGGAAUGCAUUUCAAUUAAACAGGUGUGCCUUCUUAAAAGUUAAUUUGUGGAAUUUCUUUCCUUCUUAAUGCCUUUGAGCCAAUCAGUUGUGUUGUGACAAGGUAGGGGGUGUAUACAGAAGAUAGCCCUAUUUGGUAAAAGGCCAAGUUCAUAUUUUUGGCAAGAACAGCUCAAAGAAGCAAAAGAGAAACAACAGUCCAUCAUUACUUUAAGACAUGAAGGUCAGUCAAUCCGGAACAUUUCAAUAACUUUUUAAGUUUCUUCAAGUGCAGUCGCAAAAACCAUCAAAGCGCUAUAAUGAAACUGGCUCUCAUGAGGACCGCCACAGGAAAGGAAGAUCCAUAGUUACUUCUGCUGCAGAGGAUAAGUUCAUUAGAGUUACCAGCCUCAGAUAUUGCAGCCCAAAUAAAUGCUUCACAGAGUUCAAGUAACAGACACAUCUCAACAUCAACUGUUCAGAGGAGACUGCGUGAAUCAGGCCUUCAUGGUCGGAUUGCUGCAAAGAAACCACUACUAAAGGACACCAAUAAGAAGAAGAGACCUGCUUGGGCCAAGAAACACAAGCAAUGGACAUUAGACCAGUGGAAAUCUGUCCUUUGGUCUGAUGAGUCAACAUUUUAGAUUUUUGGUUCCAACCGGCGUGUUUUUGUGAGACAAGGUGUGGGUGAACGGGAUGAUCUCCGCAUGUGUAUUUCCCACCGUAAAGCAUAGAGGGGGAGGUGGUCCCAUGUAGCUCAGUUGGUAGAGCAUGGCGUUUGCAAUGCCAGGGUUGUGGGUUCAAUUCCCACGGGGGGCCAGUAUGAUUUUUUAUUUUUUUUAUAAUGUAUGCACUCACUAACUGUAAGUCGCUCUGGAUAAGAGCGUCUGCUAAAUGACUAAAUUGUCAAAAUGAAAAAUGACUAAAAUGUGUUAUGGUGUUAUGUGUUAUGGUGUGGGGGUGCUUUGCUGGUGACACUGUCUGUGAUUUAUGUAGAAUUCAAGGCACACUUAACCUUCUGCAGCGAUACGCCAUCCUAUCUGGUUUGCGCUUAGUGGGACUAUAAUUUGUUUUUCAACAGGACAAUGACUCAACACACCUCCAGGCUGUGUAAGGGCUAUUUUAACAAGAAGGAUAGUGAUGGAGUGCUGCAUCAGAUGACCUGGCCUCCCUUUUACUCCCCAAUUUCGAUCUUGUCUCAUCGCUGCAACUCUCCAACGGGCUCGGGGGGCAAAAGUCAAGUCAUGCGUCCUCCGAAACGUGACCCACCAAACUGCGCUUCUUAACACCCGCUUAACCCGGAAACCAGCCGCACCAAUGUGUCGGAGGAAACACCGUUCACCUGACGACCAAGGUCAGCCUGCAGGCGCCCGGCCCACCACAAGGAGUCGCUAGAGCGCGUUGAGCCAAGUAAAGCCCCCCCAGCCAUACCCUCCCUUAACCCGGACGACGCUGGGCCAAUUGUGCGCCGCCCUAUGGGACUCCCAAUCACAGCCGGUUGUGAUACAGCCCAGGAUCAAACCCAGGUCUGUAGUGAUGCCUCUAGCACUGCGAUGCAGUGCCUUAGACCACUGUGCCACUCGGGAGGCUCGACCAAUAUAAUUGGAUUUGAUUGGUAUGCAGUGAUGAACAAUAUUUCAUAGGAUAGAGAUACUUUGGAAACAGAGACAUGAUUUUCUCCAUCUGUACACUUGUUGUCUGUUGCUUGGUAUGCAGUGAUGAACAUUGUUUCUUUCACAGGGCUAUAUAAAACCAUUUAUCUGGAGAGAGAUGUGAUUACUGAGAUUCAGCCUCCUCCCUAGAUGAACUGUUUAUUGUGCCAUCAUACCCCAGGGCCAACCAGCCUCUCCCAUCCUCUCUCGCUCUCUCUCUCUCUCUCUGUGUGUCUCUCUCUCUCUCCUCCUCUUCUCUCCUCCCUCCCUCCAUCUCUCUCUCUCUCCUCCUCUUCUCUCCUCCCUCCCUCCAUCUCUCUCUCUCUCUCUCUCUGUGUCUCUCUCUCUCUCCUCCUCUUCUCUCCUCCCUCCAACUCUCCUCCCUGCACCUCAUCUCAUUCAACAGAUCAACAUAUUAAAAACACAGCACGAACAUAUUAAAAACACAGCACCAACAUCAAACAACAUCAAACAACAUCAAAUUCCCCCUCAGGAGACUAAAAAGAUUUGGCAUGGGUCCUCAGAUCCUCAAAAAAUUCUACAGCUGCACCAUCGAGAGCAUCCUGACUGGUUGCAUCACCGCCUGGUAUGGCAACUGCUUGGCCUCUGACCGCAAGGCACUACAGAGGGUAGUGCGUACGGCCCAGUACAUCACUGGGGCAAAGCUCCCUGCCAUCCAGGACCUCUAUACCAGGCGGUGUCAGAGGAAGGCCCUCAAAAUUGUCAAAGACUCCAGCCACCCUAGUCAUAGACUGUUCUCUCUGCUACCGCACGGCAAGCGGUACCGGAGUGCCAAGUCUAGGUCCAAAAGACUUCUCAACAGCUUCUACCCCCAAGCCAUAAGACUCCUGAACAGCUAAUCAUGGCUACCCGGACUAUUUGCACUGCCCCCCCACCCCAUCCUUUUUACGCUGCUGCUACUCUGUUAAGUAUUUAUGCAUAGUCACUUUAACUCUACCCCACAUGUACAUAUUACCUCAACUACCUCAACUAGCCGGUGCCCCCGCACAUUGACUAUGCAACGGUACCCCCCCUGUAUAUAUAGCCUCCCUACUGUCACUUUAUUUUACUGUAUAUAUAGCCUCCCUACUGUCACUUUAUUUUACUUCUGCUCUUUUUUCUCAACACUUUUUUGUUGUUGUUUUAUUCUUACUUUUUUGUUUAAAAUAAAUGCACUGUUGGUUAAGGGCUGUAAGUAAGCAUUUCACUGUAAUGUCUGCACCUGUUGUAUUCGGCGCAUGUGACCAAUAAAAUUUGAUUUGAUUUGAUUUGAUUUGAAACACCCAGCUAAUUAAUUCAAUCUAAACGCUGGAGGAUGUAGUUAGUAUGUAAUAAAGGUGUGGUUGAGGUGUUACUAUGUAAUAUCAUAAUAAAGGUGUGGUUGAGGUGUUACUGUGGAAUAUCAUAAUAAAGAUGUGGUUGAGGUGUUACUGUGGAAUAUCAUAAUAAAGGUGUGGUUGAGGUGUUACUAUGUAAUAUCAUAAUAAAGGUGUGGUUGAGGUGUUACUGUGGAAUAUCAUAAUAAAGGUGUGGUUGAGGUGUUACUGUGGAAUAUCAUAAUAAAGGUGUGGUUGAGGUGUCACUAUGUAAUAUCAUAAUAAAGGUGUGGUUGAGGUGUAACUGUGGAAUAUCAUAAUAAAGGUGUGGUUGAGGUGUUACUGUGGAAUAUCAUAAUAAAGGUGUGGUUGAGGUGUAACUGUGUAAUAUCAUAAUAAAGGUGUGGUUGAGGUGUAACUGUGGAAUAUAAAAAUAAAGGUGUGGUUGAGGUGUUACUGUGGAAUAUCAUAAUAAAGGUGUGGUUGAGGUGUUACUGUGGAAUAUCAUAAUAAAGGUGUGGUUGAAGUGUUACUGUGGAAUAUCAUAAUAAAGGUGUGGUUGAGGUGUAACUGUGGAAUAUAAUAAUAAAGGUGUGGUUGAGGUGUAACUGUGUAAUAUCAUAAUAAAGGUGUGGUUGAGGUGUAACUGUGUAAUAUAAUAAUAAAGGUGUGGUUGAGGUGUUACUGUGGAAUAUCAUAAUAAAGGUGUGGUUGAGGUGUAACUGUGGAAUAUCAUAAUAAAGGUGUGGUUGAGGUGUUACUGUGGAAUAUCAUAAUAAAGGUGUGGUUGAGGUGUUACUGUGUAAUACCAUAAUAAAGGUGUGGUUGAGGUGUUACUGUGGAAUAUCAUAAUAAAGGUGUGGUUGAGGUGUCACUGUGUAAUAUCAUAAUAAAGGUGUGGUUGAGGUGUUACUGUGUAAUAUCAUAAUAAAGGUGUGGUUGAGGUGUAACUGUGUAAUAUCAUAAUAAAGGUGUGGUUGAGGUGUUACUGUGUAAUAUCAUAAUAAAGGUGUGGUUGAGGUGUAACUGUGGAAUAUCAUAAUAAAGGUGUGGUUGAGGUGUUACUGUGGAAUAUCAUAAUAAAGGUGUGGUUGAGGUGUUACUGUGUAAUACCAUAAUAAAGGUGUGGUUGAGGUGUUACUGUGGAAUAUCAUAAUAAAGGUGUGGUUGAGGUGUCACUGUGGAAUAUCAUAAUAAAGGUGUGGUUGAGGUGUUACUGUGUAAUAUCAUAAUAAAGGUGUGGUUGAGGUGUAACUGUGUAAUAUCAUAAUAAAGGUGUGGUUGAGGUGUUACUGUGUAAUAUCAUAAUAAAGGUGUGGUUGAGGUGUAACUGUGGAAUAUCAUAAUAAAGGUGUGGUUGAGGUGUUACUGUGUAAUAUCAUAAUAAAGGUGUGGUUGAGGUGUAACUGUGGAAUAUCAUAAUAAAGGUGUGGUUGAGGUGUUACUGUGGAAUAUCAUAAUAAAGGUGUGGUUGGGGUGUAACUAUGUAAUAUCAUAAUAAAGGUGUGGUUGAGGUGUAACUGUGGAAUAUCAUAAUAAAGGUGUGGUUGAGGUGUUACUGUGGAAUAUCAUAAUAAAGGUGUGGUUGAGGUGUUACUGUGUAAUAUCAUAAUAAAGGUGUGGUUGAGGUGUUACUGUGGAAUAUCAUAAUAAAGGUGUGGUUGAGGUGUUACUGUGGAAUAUCAUAAUAAAGGUGUGGUUGAGGUGUUACUGUUGAAUAUCAUAAUAAAGGUGUGGUUGAGGUGUAACUGUGGAAUAUCAUAAUAAAGGUGUGGUUGAGGUGUUACUGUGGAAUAUCAUAAUAAAGGUGUGGUUGAGGUGUUACUGUGGAAUAUCAUAAUAAAGGUGUGGUUGAGGUGUUACUGUGGAAUAUCAUAAUAAAGGUGUGGUUGAGGUGUUACUGUGGAAUAUCAUAAUAAAGGUGUGGUUGAGGUGUUACUGUGGAAUAUCAUAAUAAAGGUGUGGUUGAGGUGUUACUGUGGAAUAUCAUAAUAAAGGUGUGGUUGAGGUGUUACUGUGGAAUAUCAUACAUGAAGAGGGAAUGCAUCAUCCUAUCCUCCAGUUACUGUAUCAACACAGAGGAAAGAUUACUUUGGAUUUAGGAAGAAAAGAAGCCUAGUUGUAUACCUAGUUUUUACACGUGUAUGUGUGUAUGUGUGUGUGUAUGUGUGUGUAUGUGUGUAUGUGUGUGUGUGUGUGUGUGUGUGUGUGUGUGUGUGUGUGUGUACAGUGGGGAAAAAAAGUAUUUAGUCAGCCACCAAUUGUGCAAGUUCUCCCACUUAAAAAGAUGAGAGAGGCCUGUAAUUUUCAUCAUAGGUACACGUCAACUAUGACAGACAAAUUGAGAAAAAAAAAUCCAGAAAAUCACAUUGUAGGAUUUUUUAUGAAUUUAUUUGCAAAUUAUGGUGGAAAAUAAGUAUUUGGUCACCUACAAACAAGCAAGAUUUCUGGCUCUCACAGACCUGUAACUUCUUCUUUAAGAGGCUCCUCUGUCCUCCACUCGUUACCUGUAUUAAUGGCACCUGUUUGAACUUGUUAUCAGUAUAAAAGACACCUGUCCACAAUCUCAAACAGUCACACUCCAAACUCCACUAUGGCCAAGACCAAAGAGCUGUCAAAGGACACCAGAAACAACAUUGUAGACCUGCACCAGGCUGGGAAGACUGAAUCUGCAAUAGGUAAGCAGCUUGGUUUGAAGAAAUCAACUGUGGGAGCAAUUAUUAGGAAAUGGAAGACAUACAAGACCACUGAUAAUCUCCCUCGAUCUGGGGCUCCACGCAAGAUCUCACCCCGUGGGGUCAAAAUGAUCACAAGAACGGUGAGCAAAAAUCCCAGAACCACACGGGGGGACCUAGUGAAUGACCUGCAGAGAGCUGGGACCAAAGUAACAAAGCCUACCAUCAGUAACACACUACGCCGCCAGGGACUCAAAUCCUGCAGUGCCAGACGUGUCCCCCUGCUUAAGCCAGUACAUGUCCAGGCCCGUCUGAAGUUUGCUAGAGUGCAUUUGGAUGAUCCAGAAGACGAUUGGGAGAAUGUCAGAUGAAACCAAAAUAGAACUUUUUGGUAAAAACUCAACUCGUCGUGUUUGGAGGACAAAGAAUGCUGAGUUGCAUCCAAAGAACACCAUACCUACUGUGAAGCAUGGGGGUGGAAACAUCAUGCUUUGGGGCUGUUUUUCUGCAAAGGGACCAGGACGACUGAUCCGUGUAAAGGAAAGAAUGAAUGGGGCCAUGUAUCGUGAGAUUUUGAGUGAAAACCUCCUUCCAUCAGCAAGGGCAUUGAAGAUGAAACGUGGCUGGGUCUUUCAGCAUGACAAUGAUCCCAAACACACCGCCCGGGCAACGAAGGAGUGGCUUCGUAAGAAGCAUUUCAAGGUCCUGGAGUGGCCUAGCCAGUCUCCAGAUCUCAACCCCGUAGAAAAUCUUUGGAGGGAGUUGAAAGUAUGUGUUGCCCAGCGACAGCCCCAAAACAUCACUGCUCUAGAGGAGAUCUGUAUGGAGGAAUGGGCCAAAAUACCAGCAACAGUGUGUGAAAACCUUGUGAAGACUUACAGAAAACGUUUGACCUGUGUCAUUGCCAACAAAGGGUAUACAACAAAGUAUUGAGAAAGUUUUGUUAUUGACCAAAUACUUAUUUUCCACCAUAAUUUGCAAAUAAAUUCAUUAAAAAUCCUACAAUGUGAUUUUCUGGAUUUUUUUUUCUCAUUUUGUCUGUCAUAGUUGACGUGUACCUAUGAUGAAAAUUACAGGUCUCUCUCAUCUUUUUAUGUGUGAGAACUUGCACAGUUGGUGGCUGACUAAAUACUUUUGUUCCCCACUGUAUGUGUAUGUGUAUGUGUGUGUAUGUGUAUGUGGAUGUGUGUAUGUGUAUGUAUGUGCGUAUGUGUGUGUGUGUAUGUGUGUGUGUGUAUGUGUGUUUGUGUAUGUGUGUAUCCGUGUAUGUGUGUGUGUGUGUGUGUGUGUGUGUGUGUGUGUGUGUGUGUAUGUGUGUAUUAUUUUUAUUUUUUAUUUAUUUAACCUUUAUUUAACUAGGCAAGUCAGUUAAGAACAAAUUCUUAUUUGCAAUGACGGCCUACACCGGCCAAACCCGGACGACGCUGGGCCAAUUGUGUGUAUGUGUGUGUACGUGCGUGGCUGCGUGCUUCUAUCUAUAGCUGUGUGUCUUUGUGUGUGUCAUCCCAAUAGCCUACCUUCUAUAUAUAUAGCUGUGUGUCUUUGUGUGUGUCAUCCCAAUAGCCCACCUUCUAUAUAUAUAGCUGUGUGUCUUUGUGUGUGUCAUGCCAAUAGCCUACCUUCUAUAUAUAGGGUUGUGGGUUCGAUUCCCACGGGGGGCCAGUAUAAAAAAAUAUGUAUUCACUAACUGUAAGUCGCUCUGGAUAAGAGCGUCUGCUAAAUGACUAAAAUGUAAAUGUAAAUAUAGCUGUGUGUCUUUGUGUAUGUCAUGCCAAUAGCCCACCUUCUAUAUAUAUAGCUGUGUGUCUUUGUGUGUGUCAUCCCAAUAGCCUACCUUCUAUAUAUAUAGCUGUGUGUCUUUGUGUGUGUCAUCCCAAUAGCCUACCUUCUAUAUAUAUAGCUGUGUGUCUUUGUGUGUGUCAUCCCAAUAGCCCACCUUCUAUAUAUAUAGCUGUGUGUCUUUGUGUGUGUCAUCCCAAUAGCCUACCUUCUAUCUAUAGCUGUGUGUCUUUGUGUGUGUCAUCCCAAUAGCCUACCUUCUAUAUAUAUAGCUGUGUGUCUUUGUGUGUGUCAUCCCAAUAGCCUACCUUCUAUCUAUAGCUGUGUGUCUUUGUGUGUGUCAUCCCAAUAGCCUACCUUCUAUAUAUAUAGCUGUGUGUCUUUGUGUGUGUCAUCCCAAUAGCCUACCUUCUAUAUAUAUAGCUGUGUGUCUUUGUGUAUGUCAUGCCAAUAGCCUACCUUCUUGUACGCGAUCCAGUCGAACACUCUGUCUAUGUCUGUGGCGUCGUACACCUCCUGAGAGAUAGGAUGGGAGCUGGCCAGACCAUCCAGCAGCAUCACCUCAUGCAGAACAUCAGUCAGGAAACGCUGUUUCUCCUGGGGGGGUCACAGGGUCACAGGUCAAAG